CACUGAAGCCUAUCUCUUAGACGUCGACAACAACCACACUGUAAAUCCCCACAUGUCUGGGUUAGACAAAUGUUAUCAGCGGGCAUAAAACAGUACUAACACUACCUCACAAUCAGCUGGAAAAAGGGUGUUCGCCACACUCUGUGCUAUGGGGGCUACAAGGAGAUCUCAUGUGUCCUAUUUCAUCCUGCUAUUUCUGUUGCCAGUUGCAGCUUGCUUGUACUGCUACCAAUGUGGAAACACAGGCUCAGGAGGAUCCUGUGAAACGGAUACCAAGACGAUGGUAAAAUCGGCCAGAGACAUUGCCCUUCAGCUUAAUAAUAGCACCAAUUCAGAAGUAAAAGAUACAGACUCUGAGGGAAGGACCCUGCCCUACAUCAAGAAUUGUUCCAACUCUAGGAAUGUGUGUAUGAUCGAAACUACUGAGAAUGCACAGACGUCGGCCAUUCUUAGCUACAUCCGGGACUGCUCUGAUGGGAAGACGUUCUCGUUCGGAAACUUGUCCAUGUUGCAAGGCAUUGAGCACAACAACUUCAGCACGUGUGCCUACGACACUCGUGGAUACAUGACCUGUGUCACCACCUGCCAAACAGACUUCUGCAAUGGACCAAAGGCCGGCGCGACCUCACUGAUGAUGUCGGUAGCUCUCCAGAUUGCCUGCCUGUUGUGUGUCUUCAGAAUGACGUGCACGUCUUUGUAAUGGCGUCAAAACAUCACAGAGUGAGAAAGUUUAUUUUCAACGUCACAUCGGCAAUAUUUCAGCCAUAUGGUGACGAGUCGAAGCAUCACAAGCUACAAGGUACCGGAAUUAAUCGGCUGUCCAUUGCAAGGAUUCUACUACAGUGAAACCUCGUCAAUCCGGAACCCGUUUAACCGGGAACCCCGAUUCUGGAAGGAACAUGUACAUAUAUUCAAAAGGAUAUGUCUCAAUUCCGAUGAUUUGUAAAUCCGGAAGUUAUUCUAAUCCAGAACUGCUCUGCUGUGGAUCUCACUGAGUAUGCUUUAUUUACGAUAUUGAUGGUUCUUGAGAGCAUAAACGUAAAGUAGUAUCCAAUACCUAAGAAAACGGAAUUCCUGGCAGUGAGGAACAUGGACAAUAUAAUAUAUUUGUGAUAAAGUCCACACUGGGCCACUGACAGAACUAAUCAAAGUGUGUAAAUGUGUAAUUACUACAUUUUCGGGUACCAUGAAUACUUCUUUGUAGUAUCCUGUAGUAUUCAUUAUCUCCUCAUUAUUCUGGGCUCCUCUGAUCGGCCAUAAAGGAAUAAGAAAUGCGGAUAAAACAAUCCAGGAUACAAUUCAUAUGUAUAUCGAGUGCACGUAUUUUACAUAAUUAUUGAAUCAUUUGCACAAUUUCUGGAGUGAGUGCUUGUUAUAGUUCUAUUCCAAAUUACAGUAUGACAAAAACCCUCUCAUCUGAGCUAUCGCCCUAUAAUCCAGUGGAGACGAGACAAAAUGUAAUCUGUAUAGAAGUGGUGUUAUUAACCUUGCACAUGAAAAAAAAUUGGGCACUCCUUAUUCUCAUUUGAAAUGUUACCCUGUUUUAAUGUUUUGACAAAACACAUAUAUUUUUGUUUACAAAGUGAUAUACUAAUAGUGAAAUACAGAAACCAGUCAGGAAAUCGAUUGGUAGUGGCACCCUUUGUAACUGUUCGACGGAAAUAGCAUUGCUUCCGCUUCUGCUUGGCA